CACAGCGUGGCGAGGGGGAGCGGCCGCUCCGCCCAACGCCGCCCGGGCACUUUCUGGCUUAAAAAAAAAAAAAAUAAAAAAAAAAAAUAACCAAACAAAAAAGGGAAAAAAAAAAAAAAAAAAGCAGGGGAAAAAAAAAGAGGAAGGAGGAAAGGGGGGGGAAGAGCGGCCCUCCCCCCCAAGUUGCAAUUAGCAUCCUCUCCGCUGCUGCUGCGGGGCUCCGGUGCCCCCGUCCGCUCCCGGCGCGGCGGCGGGCGGAGCAGGAGAGCGGGGAAAGGGGGGGUGGGGGGGAAGGAUUAAGUUUUUUUUUUUUUUUUUUGUGCGGUGUGCGAGCGGGUGGCGUUUUUAAGGUGGAUCUCCGGCAAACAGAGCCCGGCGGUGGAUGCGGGAAGGGAUGCGGCGGUGAGGAGCGGCGCGGGGCUGGCGGCGGCCGGGAGCAGGACCCACUGUGGCGGUAUGCAGGCCCAUUCCUGUGAGUUUUCCUAAGCUCCUGGGGGACUGCUGUGCUUUUUGAGUCAGAAAGUUGCAAAAUCCCAUCAAGAAUGGCACUUGUGGAUAAACACAAAGUCAAGCGGCAGCGACUGGACAGAAUUUGUGAAGGUAUCCGCCCGCAGAUCAUGAACGGCCCCAUGCACCCGCGGCCGCUGGUGGCCCUGCUGGACGGCAGGGACUGCACGGUGGAGAUGCCCAUCCUGAAGGACCUGGCCACCGUGGCCUUCUGUGACGCACAAUCAACUCAGGAGAUCCACGAGAAGGUGCUGAAUGAGGCUGUGGGGGCCAUGAUGUACCACACCAUCACCCUGACCCGGGAGGACCUGGAGAAGUUCAAGGCCCUGCGGGUCAUCGUCCGAAUAGGCAGCGGCUACGACAACAUCGACAUCAAGGCUGCUGGGGAGCUUGGGAUCGCCGUGUGCAACAUCCCGUCGGCGGCCGUGGAGGAGACGGCCGACUCCACCGUGUGCCACGUGCUGAACCUGUACCGGCGGAACACGUGGCUGUACCAGGCGCUGCGCGAGGGCACGCGCGUGCAGAGCGUGGAGCAGAUCCGCGAGGUGGCCUCGGGGGCCGCCCGCAUCCGCGGGGAGACGCUCGGCCUCAUCGGCUUCGGUCGCACUGCGCAGGCGGUCGCGGUCCGAGCCAAGGCCUUUGGCUUCAACGUGAUCUUCUAUGACCCGUACCUGCAGGACGGCAUCGAGCGCUCCCUGGGCGUCCAGCGGGUCUACACCCUGCAGGACCUGCUCUACCAGAGCGACUGCGUCUCCCUGCACUGCAACCUCAACGAGCACAACCACCACCUCAUCAACGACUUCACCAUCAAGCAGAUGAGGCAGGGAGCGUUCCUGGUGAACACGGCCCGGGGGGGGCUGGUGGAUGAGAAGGCCUUAACCCAAGCCCUGAAGGAGGGACGGAUACGAGGGGCCGCGCUCGACGUGCACGAGUCGGAGCCGUUCAGUUUUGCUCAAGGCCCAUUGAAAGAUGCUCCCAACCUGAUCUGCACCCCACACACAGCCUGGUACAGCGAGCAGGCAUCCCUAGAGAUGAGAGAAGCUGCUGCCACCGAAAUCCGACGUGCGAUCACAGGGCGCAUCCCAGAGAGCCUAAGGAACUGUGUGAAUAAGGAAUUCUUUGUCACGACGGCUCCGUGGUCAGUAAUAGACCAGCAGGCGAUUCAUCCCGAGCUCAAUGGUGCCACGUACAGGUAUCCCCCUGGGAUGGUCAGUGUGGCUCCAGGAGGAAUCCCAGCAGCUAUGGAGGGCAUCAUCCCCGGAGGCAUCCCUGUCACUCACAACCUUCCCACAGUGGCACAUCCUUCCCAAGCUCCAUCGCCCAACCAGCCCACAAAACACGGGGACAACAGGGAACAUCCCAACGAGCAAUAGCAGAUAAUUUAAAAACCAUUCAAUAAACUUAGGACCAAGAGACAUUGGAAAAGAAGUUAUACAUGAACUAAAAGAGAAGAAUUUGAUACGGAAUUUGUAAUGUUGAUUUUGGACAGACGCAUCAUUGAUGUUCCAGUGUUCCCAACAAAGCGACAGCAGCCAAGACUGGGGAGAGGCCCUGGAGAAGUCACCUGCUCCCUGCAGUGCUGAAAACUAGGAUGUGAUACAUUAAUGAGCAACUUCUGUUAUUGUGUGUUGAGUUUCCUUCAUCUGUGCAUCAAUCACAUGAAUAAAAAUGAAUUUCUUUUCCCCCUCAAUUCCUUGGGAAGGACAGGGCUCCUGCACUGUGGCCAGGCCACUGAAUUAAGCCAUCUUUACAGAGUUAACAAGAAA